GUCCCAUUCUUCUUCCCUCCUUGCUAAUUUCCAUUUUGUUAGUUCGGUUUAGGUGCAGAGAGAGAGAGUGUUGAGAUUUUUUCUUUCAUUUUUCUUAUUAAUUUCUCUUUAUUUGUUAGGUGUUUUUUCUCUUUCCUCAUUUUUGUAGGUAUAUUGUUGAAGAAGACUUUGUAGCUUGACUUUGUUCAAAAGCAUACGAUUCAGGGAAGGCCGUAAAGUUGGAGUGAAAUUAGAUUGAAAUCUUAGAAGUUUCUCUCUUUGGAUUUGAAGAAAUGGAGGUAUAUGGAAAUUCUAUGGUUGCCGCUCCUUCAAAUGUUAUUUAUCUGUCAAGUAUUUUGGGCCAUGAUGGUCCGAGUUCUGUUCACAAAUGCGACUGGAAAUGCCAGAACGAACGUGUUUGCGGAAACAUGUUUCGCUGCAAGCUCACAGGGCUGACACACAUCUGUGAUAAAAACUGUAACCAGAGAAUUCUGUAUGAUAACCAUAGCUCCCUUUGCCUAGCAAGUCGUCAGAUUUUCCCCCUGACUCCAACAGAAGAACAGGCAGUGAGAGGCGUUCGAAGGAAGCUCGACGCGGCAGAGAGUUCGCCUGUUGAUAACAUCGGUUGUAAGCGUAGGCGGGAUGCACAGUUCCAUCCUUCUCCAUUUGAGAGAUCUUUCUCUGCUGUCAGUCCUAUCUGCAGCCAAGUUGGAGACGGCAUGGAUACAAAUUAGAUAUCGAGAUUCAUAUAACUGAAGGAGAUCUUUAUCGUUUUUUCCGUUUUUUUUUACUUUAUUACUGAUGAGUAUCCAUAACUGAACUUGAACACUUAUGAAUCGCCGAUUGGUGGACAUGAUGUGUCCCCAUUCGCCGUAGGUCGCCUUUAUGUUUCUAGUAAUAAUGUAAUGCAGUAUUUUAAGUAGCUUGACUGUUGAAUGGAGAUUUGAGCAGGCUGUGUGUAAACAGUUAUGAGACUUGAAUUGAAAUCCGUUUCUUGCUAACUUACCGAGAAUCUGACUCUUAUAGCUUACCACAGGAUAUGUUCCGGCAUUCUAUGAUGCUUUAAUUUAUAUGGACCUGGUUGAUGUAAUUAUUAGCAAUGUUUCUCAUUUUCAUGUAUCUGUAAUCAUGAAGCGUCCAUAUUCUAGUAUUAGAGUGGCACACUUGUGUAUUCUUCCACUUUUGUUUACUAUGGUUCUGUUAAAACAGAAAAAAGUAUCGAUCUUGUUCCUGCUGGUAGCUCAGGUUUUAUCCAGUUCUUCAUAUGCAAGUUUUUGGGUUCUUAUGACGGCUGGUUUACUAACUUUUCCUCUGUUACAGGCUCAAGGGAGAUGAUACUAGUUUUCAUUCAAACUUGUUUUGAAUUGAAUUUCUGUUAUUUUUUAUGGUUAAAAUUGAUUGACAAAUGGCUGUGUGAGUUGAAUGUAAAUUGUGCAGGUUUUGAAGCAUAUGUGCUAGGAAGGUGCCUUCAAAAUAUGUGUUACAAUAUUGAAUGAUUUCUUAUGAUCGAUUUUCUCUGUCAUAAUGACAUGAAAUACUGAUAAAAUUUCAUUUUCUUGAUGUAGGUACAUCCAUUGCAAGUUUAGCUUGUGUCUCUCUGUCUUGGCCAAAGUUUGGAGAAUGGAGCUGUGAAGAGUUAAAAGGAUAUUUUGACGCUACAAGAUGUCAAAAGAAUUGAGGCAGGAGCAGUUAUGACACUCUAUAUCGAAGGCUGAUAAAAAUGUGAGGUGAAAUUGAGCGAAUAAAGGGUUGUCCUCACCAAGAAAUCUAUCAUCACUGUCACCAAAAAUAUCUGCAUAAUGUGUUCAAGGAUUGAAAGUAGAGUUUCCUUUGAGGAUGUGCAGAUGGGCUAGAUAGCAUGAUCUCAAAUUUAUCAUAGUAAAUUGUGGUUAAAUAGGGUCUCAUAAUAGAUUUGUUAGAGUUAAACCAUGAUUAAAUAGGGUUGAUAAUCAUGGUUAACCUAUACAGGAUCUUCAAAAAUUUCAGAAAACCCUGAUUGAAAGUAAUAGCUUGUUUUUGAAUUGAAGGAUUGAAUGUAACUUAUCUGAAUUGCCUUGUUCAUGGCAUCAGCUGAAUUUCUUACUUCUGUUUCAUUCUUAGCAUAUUUGUGAAGCUAGAAGAUCGUUCAUUUUUUUUCCUUCCAAUUUUGAUGUCUCUAUUUCAUACCUUGUUUCUUGUAAGUAUCCAAUCAAUGAAAUUCUUUUCAUGUAAAUGCAGCUAUCCUAAUGGUGGAUGUUCUGAUUUGCUUUUA